AAAUAAUGAAAAUAACCUUAUUAAUUAUUAAUAAUAGUAAUAUACAUAUAUAGAUAUAUAGAAAAAAAAUAUAGAAAUGAUGAAAUUUAUUUAUUUAUUUUAAAUGAUACUAUUUUCUGGCUGAAAAAAAUUGAUAACUGUUUUUUUUGUGAGAGAUUUUGGUGUGAGCUUGUGGUUUUGUUUUAUUUUUUAAUUUUUUAAUUAAAUAAUUUUUUAAUGUUUUUAGUUUGAUUUACUGAUUUUUCUGAUGGUGUAGAUUCUUGAUGUAUAUAAGAGAUGCGAUUUUUACUUCGUAAAAAUGGGAAUAAAAAUCAUGCAUAUCUGUUUUCUUUUUCUUUAAUUUUUAAAAUGUUUUUGUUACGAUGUUUUAGCUUUAAUUAUUCUUUUUAGAUAUGAUUCCGGAUUUUAUUCAGAUCUAUAUCCUUGCGUAAAGAAUCAUGUGUCUUGUAUGUCUAUGCGAUUUUGUUGGAAUAUUAGCCCCCAAGUCUUUAUAUUUUGUUCUAUUUACGCUAUUUUAUGCAAGAAUAAAGUUCCAUUUACGCCAUUGGUUGUGACUUGUGUAUGACUGUGUGUUCUACUUUUGUGUUUUGAGUUUUGUUUGGGAAAAGAUGUUUAAGUUUACUUAUUAUUGAGUUAAUUGAAGGAUGUGCAGUGGUCCUGACAAAUCAAAAUCUCGUUCAACUUCUUCAUCUUCAUCUGCGGAAGAAGGUUCAAAUAACAUCAAAGACAUGAAAAAUCUAACAGUUCAUACCGAUGAUUCUUUUUCCAAUCUGCUUGAACUUGCUUCUAACAAUGAUUUUGAAGAAUUUAAGGUAGCUAUAGCCAGCAAUGUCUCUUUAAUAAAUGAAGUUGGCUUCUGGUAUGUCCGUCAAAAGGGGUCUAAACAAAUUGUUCUUGAGCACAGAACCCCUUUAAUGGUGGCUGCAUCCUAUGGAAGUAUUGAUAUUCUCAAGCUUGUACUCUCAUGUCCAGAGGCUGAUGUAAAUUUCGCUUGCGGUAAUGAUAAAAGCACUGCUCUUCACUGUGCUGCUUCAGGUGGUUCGGUUAAUGCAGUUGAUGCUGUUAAACUGCUUUUAUCCGCUGGUGCGAAUAUCAACUGUGUGGAUGCUAAUGGAAAUCGUCCAGUUGAUGUUAUUGUUGUUCCACCUAAGCCUGGAGGUGUGAAAACAAUUCUUGAAGAACUACUUGCAGAUAGUGAUUCUGACGGCUCUGUAGAUGGUUGUUCUCUUCCACUAUCUGUUAAUUCAUCAAGUCCUCGUUCAGCUGCUCCUUUAUCAUCAACUGAAAAUGGGUCUCCAUCCUCUCCUAUGGCUCCAAAGUUUACUGACGCAGCUGUUAAUUCUGCCACUGAAAAGAAAGAAUAUCCAAUUGAUCCGUCACUUCCUGAUAUAAAAAACAGCAUAUAUGCCACAGAUGAAUUUCGCAUGUUUUCAUUCAAGGUUCGCCCUUGUUCCCGUGCAUACUCUCAUGAUUGGACUGAGUGUCCUUUUGUUCAUCCUGGAGAGAAUGCUAGAAGGAGAGACCCCAGAAAGUUUCAUUACAGCUGUGUGCCAUGCCCUGAUUUUAGAAAAGGGGCUUGCAGACGCGGAGAUAUGUGUGAAUAUGCCCAUGGAGUAUUUGAGUGCUGGCUACACCCAGCUCAGUAUCGGACAAGGCUCUGCAAAGAUGGUACUAGUUGUAAUCGAAGGGUGUGUUUUUUCGCUCACUUACCUGAAGAGCUGCGUCCCUUGUACGUGUCCACUGGAUCUGCUGUUCCUUCUCCCCGGUCAGCUGCAUCUGCUCCUAAUGUCAUGGACAUGGCUGCUGCUAUGAGCCUUUUUCCUGGUUCACCAUCAUCAAUGUCUCCCAUGUCUCCAUCUCCCUUUGCACAGCCGAUAUCUCCAUCUGCAAAUGGCAUGUCUCACUCAAACAAUCCUUGGCCACAGCCAAAUGUGCCCGCACUUCACUUACCUGGAAGCAAUAUUCAAACUAGUCGUUUGAGAUCUUCUCUUUGUGCCCGAGAUAUGCCACUUGAAGACUUCAACAAUAUGAUGCAAGACUUUGAUGGUCAGCAGCACAUACUAAAUGAUAUGAGCUGUUUCUCACAGCCCCGUCCUGGUGCCAUAUCAGUGAGCCGAUCUGGUCGGUCUAAAACACUAACUCCAUCAAAUCUUGAGGAUCUAUUUUCUGCUGAAGUUUCUUCAUCUCCUCGGUAUUCCGACCCAGCAGCUGCUUCUGUAUUUUCUCCAACACACAAAUCAGCUGUCUUCAACCAGUUUCAACAGCUCCAAAGUUCACUAUCACCCAUAAAUACAAAUGUCAUGUCACCUAAGAAUGUUGAGCAUCCUCUAUUCCACCAGGCUCCAUAUGGUGUCUCUUCUCCUGGAAGGAUGUCACCAAGAAGCAUGGAUCCCCUCUCUCCAAUGAAUUCUCGAUUGUCUGCAUUUGCUCAGCGUGAGAAGCAGCAGCAACAGAUGCGGAGCCUCAGUUCAAGAGAACUCGGCGCUAACAACCCCGUCUCGGCUGUCGGGUCUCCAGUCAACUCCUGGUCUAAGUGGGGAUCCCCUACCGGAAAAGCAGAUUGGUCAGUAAAUGGAAAUGACUUUGGUCGAUCUCAAAGAUCCACACCUUUUGAACAUGGAAACAACGGAGAAGAGCCUGAUCUAUCAUGGGUCCAAUCCCUCGUCAAGGAAUCUCCACCUGAGAUAAAAGAGAAGCGUGCAGUUUCUGGCCCUAUUCCAUCUGCUGAACUGAAUUCCAAUCCUCAAGUAGAGUCUACCGAUCAUUCGGUUUUAGGAGCUUGGCUCGAGCAAAUGCAGCUGGACCAACUUGUAGUCUAGCAAUAUUGACCCUUUUGCUACAUAUUUGCUGUGAUAGAUAUUUAAUUUAAUUUCUUCAGGUACACAUUCUUUUGGUGAAUUUGAGCCCCGGAAGCAUCGAAAGAUGGUGGCUGCCAUGUUCCCGGAGGAUAAUCGUAUUUUUUAUUCCCUUUAAUUUUUGUCAUUCAUUAUUUUAUAUUUUACCUUGAAGUUCAAGGGAGUUUGAUAAAAAAACUCUUUCUCUCUUGGGGAUGUUAAUGUUAUUAUUAUCCAGUAGAAAAGAAAAGAAACUCCUGUAGAGGUUUAGGUACUGUUCCAAAACAGGAUUCUUUUUUCUCAUUUUACUACUAUUCCAACCCUCUUUCAAAGAAAGCUGAAUGGUUUUUAUUAAGCAACAGAACCAAUAGCUUCAUUUGUUUAUAAGUUCCUUUUCCUGCUGCAGUAUUUAAGAUUCUGUCAGUAAAUUUAUGUUGCAUAUGUAGGAAGUUGAACUGAGUUUCUUAUGGAGGAAUUAGAGGUGUUAUGAGCUAUUGAAUAUUUAUUGCAAACAGAUAUUUUAGAAUAGUGAAUAUUACUUUGUUCUUGUGCUGUAACUGCGUUGUACUCUGAUUAUUUCCCAAUUCAAAGCUAUGGUUAUUCAUAAGCAAGUUAAUGUCAAA